UUCUUCACUUGUCUUUAUGUCCAUAGAUGCCAAAUUGCCAUUGCCCUUACGCACCCCACCACACUCAGUGACAUUCACGAUCUAAGCGCUCCUUCUGUCUCUCUGUCUGUCGCUCUGUCUCUCUCCCCAUUUUUUCAUUCAAUUCUUCACGAUCUCCCCGGAUCACCACAUGACCCUUUCCAUUUGCGUCUCUGCUUCCCAAUCUCCCCCCUCAAUCCCCUCUCUUUCCACCCUUUUCUGAUUGCCUUAUUUCUGGGUAUUUCGCCUUGGGAUUCUUUUUUUUCACAAUUUUUCUCGCCGGGCUGUUUUCUAAUCGCCCAAUUUUGCCUUUUUAAUAAUAAAGUUUGAGUCUUUUUAGGAGGUCUGUAUGUGGGUCUGUGAUUCUUGAUUUGCUUUUGUGCUUGUCUGUUUUCCCAGUUCCGUUAUUCCCUAUUCUCUCUAUUCGCGUGAAAUCUUUUGGUUUGACUUGUGAAUGUCAUUGGCUGCUGGAGGGGCUUCGAGCUCAGAAACCAUGGGGGAUGAGAAGGACAAAGAGGGGACGACGAGUAAAGCCGCCAUUGUUGCUGAUUCGGACGCUGAGACUGACAAUGAGAAUAAGGCUAGCGGGCACAUGAGUGAGGGCUCCUUGUACACUACCGAGGACGAGGAUGAGGACGACGUUGCAAACAAGAUUCAGUUGGGCCCUCAAGUUACUCUCAAAGAACAGAUUGAGAAAGAUAAGGAUGAUGAGAGUUUGAGGAGGUGGAAGGAGCAACUUCUUGGGAGUGUGGAUAUCAACGCUGUCGGAGAAUCUCUGGAUGCGGAAGUUAAAAUCUUGAGCCUUGCAAUUAAAUCGCCUGAUAGACCUGAUAUUGUUCUCCCUAUCCCUGCGGAUGGAAAACCUGAGAGCCCAUGGUUUACGUUGAAAGAAGGGUGUCGUUACAGCCUAGAAUUUACAUUCGAGGUCAACAAUAACAUUGUCUCCGGCCUCAAAUACACAAACGCGGUUUGGAAAACCGGCAUGAAAGUGGAUGGCACGAAAGAAAUGCUCGGGACCUUCAGUCCUCAAGUAGAGCCUUACAAACACGAAAUGCCAGAAGAGACAACCCCUUCUGGCAUGUUUGCAAGGGGAUCAUACUCGGCAAAGACAAAGUUUGUUGAUGAUGACAAUAAGUGCUAUCUGGAGAUCAACUAUACAUUUGAAAUCAAGAAAGAUUGGCCAGCAACAUAAACACUGUUCUUGCUGAAAAUGUUACCUAGAUUGUUCUUGUUUUUUUUUUAAAUGUUGGUUGGUUGUUUAUUUCAUUCCUCUCUGUAAAAUUCUCCGAAAAGGAAAUUAAAAACAGGGAUAGAGGGAGAAAAUCCUUGUGCACUUGCUUUGAACAUUGAAUUGGAUGGUAAAAGUUUUAGCAGUUAGACUCCUUUUUUUUUACUGUUUUUUCUUUCAAUAAAGUUGAGUUUUGGCCCUGCAA